GGAAAACGGUGAAGAGGAAAAGCGAAGGCACCUAAGCAUUACGAAUGGAUUGUCCCAUCCGCUCAGCCUGAAUCCAUUCUCCAUGUGCCCCCACGGGUCUUCCCUUCAGGCAGCACUACACCAUCUUCAUCAUCCUUGGCUCCAAAUCCCUAAAGAUUAGGUUCUCUCUCUCACUGAUUCAUCUCACCACUUGCUCUCCCGCAUCAAUUACUCGCCGAUCUCAUGGACAAUCACCAGCAGCAGCUCCGGCAGGGCGAGCCGGAGCAACCUGCUCUCCCCCGUCGCGAUCCGACCUCUGUCAAGGGAAUCGAUCUCAUGAGAGUUGAUCAAUGCGAGGAGAUCGGUGAUACUGGAGUUCCUUCGCUCGCCGGAGCUCCUCCGACGGUGGCUGUGGUCGGUGGAUUGGUGGAUGUGUCUGUGGAGCAAGAGCCUAGAGUUGUCGAUGGAGUUGCCUCUGUAAAGCGGAGGCGGGGUCGGCCUCCGAAAGGGCAGGCUAAGAUGCCGCCGCAGCCUCGGCCACCGCCGCCGCCGCCGCCACGGAGAAUGGAGGACGAGGAAGAGGAUAUCUGCUUCAUAUGCUUCGACGGCGGGGACCUUGUUCUCUGCGAUCGCCGGAACUGCCCUAAGGCAUACCAUCCAGCUUGCAUUAAGCGCGACGAAGCAUUCUUUCAAACAAAGGCAAAAUGGAACUGCGGUUGGCACAUAUGCAGUACAUGUCAGAAGGCUUCGAGUUAUAUGUGUUAUACAUGUACAUAUUCUGUUUGCAAGCGAUGCAUGAGAGAUGCCGACUGUGUGAGUGUGAGAGGAAACAUGGGCCUGUGUGCGAUAUGCAUGAAGAUCAUAAUGCUGAUUGAGAAUGUUGCUCAAGGCGAGAAUGAAACGGUUAAAGUGGAUUUUGAUGACAAGACUAGUUGGGAGUAUCUAUUCAAGGUAUAUUGGCUUUGCUUGAAGCAAAAGCUGUCUCUAACACUUGACGAGCUUACCAAAGCCACAAACCCUUGCAAGGAGGUAUCUUGCGUUGCUCCAAAGAGGGAGUUACAAAAUGAGCUUCGUGACCAUAGCUAUAAUAGAGCUUAUUCUUCAGACCAUAACUGCGUAGAUGUAGCCGUGAAUGGAACCAAAAGGAGAAGGACUAGUGAUCCACCUAACUUGCUCAACAAGAUGAAUGCUAGAGACCAAGAUAAGCUUCCUGGAGGCUCAAACUGGGCGACAAAAGAACUUUUAGAGUUUGUGGCAUAUAUGAAGAACGGCGAUACAUCGGUGCUUUCUCAGUUUGAUGUGCAGGGUCUUCUGCUUGACUAUAUAAAGAGUAAAAACCUCCGGGAUCCUCGUCAGAAAUCUCACGUUCGCUGUGAUUUGAUGCUCGUGAGACUGUUUGGUAAACAACGAGUGGGUCAUUUUGAAAUGCUAAAACUUCUUGAGUCUCAUUUUCUUAUACAAGAGAAUUCGUCAAAUGCAAAAACCAUGAAUGGUGAAGCUACUCACGUUGUUCCUCUCACAAUGGCAAAGGAUAGCGUUCAGGAAACGAUGGGAAUUGAUCGGAGGCGGAAGACAUGUAAAAAAGUCGACGAUGGAGUACGGAAUGCAAAUAAGGACGAAUAUGCCGCCAUUGAUGUUCACAAUAUCCACUUGAUCUAUUUGAGGCGCAAGUUUUUAGAGAUUCUACUUGAUGACAUCAGCAAAGUUCAUGAGAAGGUGGUGGGAACAAUUGUGAGAAUUAGGGUUUCUGGUAGCGAUCAGAAGCUGGACAUUCACAGGCUCGUCCAAGUUGUAGGUACAAGCAAGGUGACAGAAUCCUACCAAAUUGGUAAAAGAACUACGGACGUUAUGCUGGGAAUUCUGAAUUUAGACAAGAGAGAAGUCAUAUCGAUUGAUCAAUUAUCAAAUCAGGAUGUCACCGAGGAUGAAUGCAAACGGUUGCGUCAGAGCAUAAAAUGUGGCCUAAAUAAACAGUUAACUGUGGGUGAAAUCUUGGAGAAGGCAGCGACACUUCAAACCAUGAGAGCCAAUGAGGCACUAGAAGCCGAGAUAUUAAAGCUGAAUUAUCUCCGUGACCGGGCGAGCGAGAAUGGACAUAGAAAGGAGCUUAGGGAAUGCGUUGAAAAGCUAGAGCUUCUGAAGUCACCUGAGGAAUAUCAGCGGCGCAUGCUGGAAAUCCCUGAAGUACAUACAGAUCCGAGUAUGAAUCCCUGCCAUGCAUCAGCAGAAGAUUCGGAGUUGGGUACUAGGAAACAAGAUAAUCAGCUAAAGACAAAAAGUAAAAGUCCACAGAAUAAGGGUGAUAUCCUGAGCAACUUAGGAAAUAACGCACAGGAAAAAUUAGCUGCAGCCGAUCUGCCAAGCAGGAAUGUCUGCACGGCGUUUUAUACUGAUAGAGAUAGUAGUUCCAAGGUCCACAACUCAUCAGAUAUACAGGAAACAUUUCAAAAAGAGGAGAAUGAAAUAUGGCGCUAUCAGGAUCCCACUGGAAAAAUCCAGGGGCCAUUUUCUAUGGCGCAACUUCGCAGAUGGAAAUCUAGUGGACAUUUUCCUCCGUAUCUAAGGAUUUGGAGAACCCAUGAAAAACAAGAUGACUCCGUGCUUCUGACUGAUGCUCUAGCUGGACGGUUCAAUAAAGCGAGUUUUUUAUCAAGUGCCCCACUGCCAUCUGAGGAACUAAAACUGGCUUUUGACUUGGGCAAAUCAGCAGGCUUAGAUGUGAAUGCCAGUUCUGAUAAAGGUGACAACAACCUUCUCAAAAACUCUGCUGCUAACAACACGAGUACAAACUCCUGUUCUCCCUCUCAUGUCGUCCAUGCUGCUGUUAACAAUCAAAACGAGACACAAGCAGAGGGUAUUAUUGUAUCUGGCAUUGGAAAGUUAGCGAGUGGUAAUGCUCUUCAGCACCUGCCUCCUCAAGCCAGUUGUUCACAAUCAUCGUCUGUGAUUCUGGAAAAUACUGUUGCACAUGAGGUAAGAGAAAUUCCAGGAUCUGAUUUAUCCAAUGCUGUGCAAACAAAUGGUAACCAUGGCCCGGUUAAGAACACAAAAGACAGCAUGCACGCUGGUUCUGUUUACUUGCAGGGUUCUGGUCAUGCACCAAACCUUAAUCAGGAGAUUCAUUUCCUGGAUUUUCCCAGUCCUACACCAAAGUCUAGCCCUGAAGACUUGGAAACUCAGGCGGCCGAGACCAUACAGUCCUUGUCUUCAUGUGUUCUUGUGAAGGGACCAUCUGGUGUCACAUGGGCUCCUUCAAGUGUAGUGGUUGAUGGAGCUCAUCAGCUUCCACAAAUACCUCAGCAAAACAAUGAUGUUAUGACUGCACCCGCAGAAAAUCCAGUUGAAAACAUUGUCGUUACGCAGAAUUCUGACAACACCCAAGUGGCUCAUUCAUCUGGAUGGCCAGCCAUUGUGGCUGAUCCGGACGAGUGCGAUGAAUCAGUUUCAGAUCUCUUGGCCGAAGUCGAAGCCAUGGAACAGAAUGGUUUGCCCUCUUCCCCUACAUCAACGUUUCACUGUGAUGAUGACGACUUGACAAAAGGGCCUGAAAAAGACUUCUUCCAUCCUGUGGCACGUAUGUCUCUUGCGGAUCAGAUAGACACUCAAAAUGUAGCUGGUGAGAGAUCCUCACCGGCCUCAGAUUUAAAGGAGAGCUCAAAAACUAUGGAUGAGCUGCCUCAGGUCAUUGGCCCAGAGCUUCCGCUGUUUGCACCACCACCACCACCUCCACCAUCGGCAUCUAUCGGACAUGACCUGAAUCUGAAAACAACAGCUCUAAGACUGGGAUCAGAAGCAACAGCUGAAGCAGAUACAGUGGAGAAGUCAGGUAAUGGGUCAGGCCGUGGGAACACCGAACGCAGCCCAUGGGGAGAAGGUCAGCAGCAGCAGAGGUAUGGGGGCGGAGAGAGAGAGCGAUCCACAAUGGGUCACAGGGAAAGGCAAUGGUGGAACAAUGGUAGUAGUGCUACUAGUCACAGCCAUACUAAUAAUAGGCAGUGGCCCUACAGCAGUCGCCAUGGCCACAGUCAGAGCGCAUCAUAUGCUGCAGCUCGUCCCCCUAAAGGGCUGAGAAUCUGUAAAUUCUAUGAAAGCGGCUAUUGCAAAAAGGGUGCUUCUUGUAGUUUUUGGCAUCCCUAAUUGAUUUUUUUUUUAAAAAAAAAAUUGAUUUAACCGUUGAGAUAUGGGGACAAUAUAGUGUGUUUUGGAAGCUCCUUGGCUGAUUCAGCCGCGUAACUGUACAAUUCGUUUCAGUUGUAAAAGUAAUGUUACUCAAAGAUUUCAUUUUGAGAUC